AUGGUGAGGCCGAAGCCGCAGUGGAAUUUCUCCUUCCUGUGGUUGAUGAGGAUGAUGAAGGUGAUGAAGGUGAGGGUGAGGAUGAUGAUGAAGGUCAGGAUGAUGAAGAUGAAGGUGAUGAUGAUGAUGAUGAUGAUGAUGAAGAUGAUGAUGAUGAUGAUGAUGAGGGUCUCAGCCGAUGGUGAGGCCGAAGCCGCAGUGGAAUUUCUCCUUCCUGUGGUUGAUGAGGAUGAUGAAGGUGAUGAAGAUGAAGGUCAGGAUGAUGAUGAUGAUGAAGAUGAAGGUGAUGAUGAUGAUGAUGAAGGUCUCAGCCGAUGGUGAGGCCGAAGCCGCAGUGGAAUUUCUCCUUCCUGUGGUUGAUGAAGGCUCCCAGGGCCAGCGUGAGGGGGAGGGGCGGCAGCUUCUUC